GCCGCCCCUCCUCCGUCCCGCCCCCCUCGCCGAGUCGGGAGGCUGCAGUGGCCGCUACCCGCACCGCCGGUCCUGGAGCCGCCGCUCUGCCCGCUCGCCCAGGCGCUCUCGGAGCGGCGCGCGGCCCGGCCCGGGCUUUUCGGUCCAGCGCUCUGCCAGCCCUGGGGUCCCCGGCCGCCGCCCGGCCUGGCAGCUCCGCGCUCGGGUAGCCGGCUCCGCGUCCUCGCAACUUGGACAGGACACCGACGGACCGGCGCGAGGGGCUGGAUCGGAGCCCUGCAGCUAUGCCCGCGGUCCCCCUCCCUGCCCGCCGCUCGCCCUGCGCCCCGGCCCGGUCCCCGACGGCUGAGCGUUGAGAUGACUUUUCACGACCUCCUGAGCGUCACUUUCGAGGGACCCCGCCCGGACAGCAGCGCCGGGGUGAACGGCACGGCGGCCGUCGGGGGGCUGGUGGUGAGCGCGCAGGGCGUGGGCGUGGGCGUCUUUCUGGCCGCCUUCAUCCUCACCGCCGUGGCGGGCAACCUGCUGGUCAUCCUCUCGGUGGCCUGCAACCGCCACCUGCAGACGGUCACCAACUAUUUCAUCGUAAACCUGGCCGUGGCCGACCUGCUGCUGAGCACCACCGUGCUGCCCUUCUCAGCCACCAUGGAGGUCCUGGGUUUCUGGGCCUUCGGCCGGGCCUUCUGCGACGUGUGGGCCGCCGUGGACGUGCUGUGCUGCACGGCCUCCAUCCUCAGCCUGUGCACCAUCUCCGUGGACCGGUACGUGGGCGUGCGCCACUCGCUCAAGUACCCGGCCAUCAUGACGGAGCGCAAGGCAGCAGCCAUCCUGGCGCUGCUCUGGGCCGUGGCCCUCGUGGUGUCGGUAGGGCCGCUGCUGGGCUGGAAGGAGCCCGUGCCCCCGGACGAGCGCUUCUGCGGCAUCACGGAGGAGGCUGGCUACGCCGUCUUCUCCUCCGUGUGCUCCUUCUACCUUCCCAUGGCUGUCAUCGUGGUCAUGUACUGCCGCGUGUACGUGGUCGCACGCAGCACCACACGCAGCCUGGAGGCCGGCGUCAAGCGUGAGCGGGGCAAGGCCUCGGAGGUGGUGCUGCGGAUCCACUGUCGCGGGGCAGCCACUGGCGCCGAUGGGGCGCGCAGCGGGACGAGGAGCACCAAGGGCCACACUUUCCGCAGUUCGCUGUCCGUGCGCCUGCUCAAGUUCUCCCGCGAGAAGAAGGCGGCCAAGACGCUGGCCAUCGUGGUGGGCGUUUUCGUGCUCUGCUGGUUCCCCUUCUUCUUUGUCCUGCCGCUCGGCUCCCUGUUCCCGCAGCUGAAGCCGUCCGAGGGCGUGUUCAAGGUCAUCUUCUGGCUCGGCUACUUCAACAGCUGCGUGAACCCGCUCAUCUACCCGUGCUCCAGCCGCGAGUUCAAGCGCGCCUUCCUCCGCCUCCUGCGCUGCCAGUGUCGCCGCCGCCGCCGCCGCCGCCCCCUCUGGCGCGUCUAUGGCCACCACUGGCGGGCCUCGACCAGCGGCCUGCACCCCGACUGCGCCCCCAGCCCGGGCGCCGCGCCCCCUGGGGCCCCGCUGGCUCUCACCGCGCCCCUGGCCCCGGGCACGCCAGAGGUGCGGGCCGCGAUCCCUGGCCGGCGAAAGCUGCCCAGCACUUUCCGCGAGUGGCGGCUGCUCGGGCCCUUCCGGAGACCCACGACGCAGCUGCGCGCCAAGGUCUCCAGCCUGUCCCACAAGAUCCGUGCCGGGGGCGCGCAGCGCGCGGAGGCUGCGUGCGCCCUGCGAGCCGAAGUGGAGGCGGUGUCCCUCGGAGUUCCUCAGGAUGUGGCGGAGGGCGCCACCUGCCAGGGCUAUGACGAAGCUGACUAUACCAAUCUCCGGGAGACUGAUAUUUAAGGACGUCCGAGCUAGGCUGAGGAGUGUGCACUGGGCCGGGUUGGGGGGCGUUGUGGGGAGCGAGGAUGGCUUUGUUCACGAGGCCUGUGCGGAUCAGGGACUCGGAAACCGAUCAGGUGGUGGCUGGACUUUGGGGUUGAAGGCCGGGCAAUCUUGGGGGCCUCUGGUGGACACAGGUGUCCAGAUCUCUUUUUCUAGGAGGAAAGGGCUACAAGAUCGGUGAAGUCUCUCGCCCAAUCCCUGUUUGAGAAACUGCUGGUCAGCCUGGCCUUGAGCCCAAUAGACAGCCAGCCCUAAAAUGGCCAGGCAGCCUGCCCCUGCCCCUGCCCCUCGGGAGGAAGAACACGGAGGCCUCCUCGCUGCCCGCAGGGAAAUGGUCAGUGGAGCCAGGGGGCCUCGGUGGUCACAUUUCUCCUUACUGCCGACCAGAGGAACCCAGUGCACCUGUCACCAACCACCUGCAAGUUUUGAUGGCGUAUUAGACGGCUGACUACAAACCUGUUGUACUUACCCUGGGCCCACCGCCCCUACCCAUACCGCCACGCUCCUCCCUGCGCACCCCUCACCUGGCCCUGCCCCUUUACUUCCCUCAAGGGCCUUACUGUUUACACUCUGUACAUAGCUCAUUGUGCCUGUGCCCAUCACUUCUUGCUGGGAUUCCGAGCUGGGAGAGCUUUAUGUGUGAUUUUGAAACAUAUUUAUUGGUAAGAGUACUUAUAUUUUGUCCAAACUGUGCAAACUGUUCCUCUUUAGCUUAUACUCCAUAAAAAAAGAAAAAACC